AUGAGUGGCAAGUUCGAGCCCAAAGCUCCGGUGAACCUAGACCCUCCCAAGGAUGACCCAAUUUCUCUUGAGGAGCUGGCCAAGGCGAAUGGCAAGUCCAUCUGGAUUGAAAUGAAUCCUUGCACCGAGGGACAAAAAUGUUAUGUCGCUAUCAAGGCAUUAUACGAUGUGACUGGCAACAAGGCCUAUCAACCUGGUGGCUCAUACAACGUUUUCGCCGGCAAAGAUGCCUCGAGAGCACUUGGAAAGUCAUCAGUCAAGCCAGAAGACGUCAGUGCAAAUUGGCAAGACUUGCCUGACAGCGAGAAGAAGGUUCUGGAUGACUGGGUCACCUUCUUCUCCAAGAGGUACAACAUUGUCGGGCGUGUAGAGGGUGCCACAAACACCGACUAA